UGCUGAGCUCCAGGAGGAGCCGCUCACCAAUCAGGACCCGGAGGUCUGAAGCAGCGUCACACUUACACAGCCGCUCCGACACUUUAAGAGCAGCGUGUCUCCACUUCUCGCUACUAUUUUCUCCUGAUCAGAGAAAGAAGAAGAGAUGGCAAGAACCAAGCAGACCGCCCGUAAAUCUACCGGAGGCAAAGCCCCCAGAAAGCAGCUGGCCACCAAGGCUGCUCGUAAGAGCGCCCCGGCCACCGGCGGAGUCAAGAAGCCUCACCGUUACAGGCCCGGUACCGUGGCUCUCAGAGAGAUCCGUCGCUAUCAGAAAUCCACCGAGCUGCUGAUCCGCAAGCUGCCCUUCCAGCGCCUGGUCAGAGAAAUCGCUCAGGACUUCAAGACCGACCUGCGCUUCCAGAGCUCCGCUGUCAUGGCUCUGCAGGAGGCCAGCGAGGCUUACUUGGUCGGCCUGUUCGAGGACACCAACCUGUGCGCCAUCCACGCCAAGAGGGUCACCAUCAUGCCCAAAGACAUCCAGCUGGCCCGCCGCAUCCGUGGAGAGAGAGCUUAAA